GCUUCCGGCGGCUAUUUGCGGGGUUCGCGUCCGGGUUUGCGGGGUUGCGGACGGGCGGCCGGCGGCCGGAGUGCGGCCAUGGACAAGCUGCGGCGGGUCCUGAGCGGCCAGGACGACGAGGAGCAGGGCCUGACCGCGCAGGUCCUGGACGCCUCGUCGCUCAGCUUUAGCACCAGAGUGAAGUGGUUUGCCAUCUGCUUCGUAGCUGGCGUCUUCUUCUCUCUCCUUGGAACUGGCCUGCUGUGGCUGCCCGGGGGCGCGAAGCUCUUUGCUGUGUUUUACACCCUUGGGAACCUCGCUGCCUUGGCCAGCACCUGCUUUCUGAUGGGACCCGUGAAGCAACUGAAGAAAAUGUUUGAACCGACAAGAUUGCUUGCCACUGUUGUUAUGCUUCUGUGUCUCUUCUGUACGCUGUGCGCUGUCUUUUGGUGGCACAAGAAGGGGUUGGCCUUACUAUUCUGCAUACUACAGUUCUUGUCAAUGACCUGGUACAGUCUGUCCUACAUCCCCUACGCAAGGGACGCGGUGAUGAAGUGCUGUUCGUCUCUGCUGAGCUGAACGCGGCGUGGCCCCGCGUGACGGACCUUGCUUGGGGAAGGCGUCUUUUCCUGCAGCCGCAGGCUGGCCAUUUUGUGUGCUGCUAGCAGCUGCCACAUACCCGACUAAACCGUUCAAGUUUGUAACUUCAGCUCGCCGCACGUGCGCCCGUGCCAGCCGACGAGCCGGGCGGUGGUGAGCGCGCUGAGCCAGCCGCCCGGGGCAGCCUUAAACGGGGCGCUGACGGGAGGGCCUGGGCGCCAGGGCACUGGCUUGGUUGGCUUGUAAACAUGUUUGCCUUUUCGAAGGCAUCUUAUUUUUGAACUUUAAUGUGAUACCUUUUACUUUGAAGCUAAAAAUUGCUUAUUAUGGUGUAAUAGAAAAUAAUAUAUAAAUCUUUAUAUUUUGAAAUAAAUUUACCCUUGGAAA